GAAAUCGGACUACAAGGCGACAACACCGGACAAGCGCAAUAUUCAGAUUUCUACGGUGGAAUUAGAAUUUUAUGAAUUGCAUCCCAUUAAUUCUGGCGGAAGACAAGAAUUCCUUCAUAAUUUCCGUGCAAUCAAAAGCCUUCCCAUUAAUGCAAUGGCCAGAGAUACCUCGGUAAAAAUGAGUUGGUCCACUGGAGAAAAACCAACACCCGCGAUGAUGGGGUCCAAUUCUAAGAAAGGGAAUACUGUUGGUCAACACCCAAAGAAAACCAGAGGAAAUGCAACACUGAUGUCUACGCCUGGAAGGAUUACGGAAUCUGGAUCACAUAUGAGCAACUACCAAGCCUCGAUUGCAAAGUCCAAAGCCCAGGCUUCACCAGCUGUUGGACCCCUGACCCCCGGGAGAUACAACCCAGGUGUUACUUCUGCCUUCACAUUCUCUAUGUUUGAGUUACCCAAAGAACAUAAAGACAAAAAUGACACAAUGAAGAAGAAGGCGACUGUACUCAAGAAAAGAUCCAAGAAAGCUAAAUGUUAAAGUUCUGUACCAAAUCUUGCAAUAUAAGAACUCUUAUGUUCUUUGAAAUUCUGUAUCCUUCUAAACUUUUGUAUACAAAACUGAAAUAUUCAAUUCUCAAGAAAAUUAAAAAGUGACACAAUA